AUGGCUAGAAUGAAGGAUCUUUCUUCCUUUGAGAGGGCUGCCAUCAUCGAGUUUCUGCUUGAAGGAAGCAAAAAUGGAAAGCCAUCUCGAGGGAAGAUCACUGCUGCUGUUCAGAGAUGGAGCUGCUGCCGGCGGACGAUCAGUCGUACUUGGGCAGCUGCAAAAGAACGAAGAGCAAAUGGUGAGGUAAUGAGUUCGGUGAGUAAGAAAACAAUGAGACCAAGGAGAAAACUUGUAGCUCUGGAUUUACAGUUAAUUGCUAGCCUAGAUUUGUCAAAAAGAUCAACAAUUAGAAAGCUUGCAUGUGGGGUUAAAUGCAGUAAAAGCACAGUGGGUAGAUGGGUAAAAACUGGACUGAUCAGGGCUCAUUCGAAUGCAAUUAAACCUGAUCUCACAGCUCCAAACAAGUUGCUUAGGCUACGGUUUUCCUUAGAAGCUCUAGAAUAUGAUAGGAUUAUGAGGAGUUUGACAUUUAAAAGCAUGCACAACACAGUACACAUUGAUGAGAAAUGGUUCUACAUCACAAAAAGUGCACAAAGGUUCUACUUAACUCCUGAAGAGAUAGAACCUCAUAGGACAUGCAAGAACAAGAAGUUCAUCACCAAGGUGAUGUUCAUGUGUGCUAUAAUUCCUGCUAUUAAAGCUAAGUGGCCAGCCAAUGCAAGCAAAACCAUCUUUAUUCAGCAAGAUAAUGCAAGGCCUCACAUUCAAGACUCAGACCCUGAUUUCAGGGCUGUUGCUUCAGCUGAUGGCUUUGAUAUUCACUUGGUGCAUCAACCACCAAACUCCCCAGACACAAACAUUAAUGAUUUGGGGUGGUUUAGGGCAAUACAAAGCCUCCAAACUGAAUCAGUGUCUACAAAUGUGGAUGGCCUAGUGAAUGCAGUGAUUAAUUCAUUCAAUGAGUUAAGCCCAACAACUUUAAAUAAAGUUUUCUUAAGCUUGCAAAGUUGUAUGGUGGAAAUUCUGAAAGUGAAGGGGAGGAAUAGCUAUAAGAUCCCUCAUUUAGGGAAGGAUGCUUUGAUUAGGCAGGAUAUGCUGCCCUUGAAUCUCCAAGUUCCAAGUGAACUUGUAAGGGAGUGCAUAUCCUACCUAAUUGACAAUGGAGCUUUGUCAAUUAGUGAUACACUAAUGCAGAAUUUGGGAGUUAAUGCAGGUUGCACAGAUGAGGUUGAGUUGAUGGUGCAUCAACUUCAAAUUCAAUCAACUGAAGUUAUGUGA